GAGUGUUCGGCAGGAUCAGCUGUUUUUGAAGAUAGGUUAUGUUUCAGACUUGUGCCGUGCCGCUUUUCGCACCGCGCUCAGCACGCACGUGCGUUCUCCGGCAUUCCUUAGGCAUUAUUUUAAGACGAUUUUAACCGUUAUAUUUAUUUCAUAAUUGACUUUAGUGAAUAACAAUCAAAUUAGAACAAUGGAGGACACUGCAGCAGAACUAGCAGAAAUGGAACGGAGUCUAUUAUUACACCCAUUAUCAGAUAACGAAUAUGCACUAUUUGACCACCUGACCAAUAAAUUUUGUUUAUCUACAAUCGCUCCCUUGGCAAAUGAAUGUAUAGAAAAAAAUAUUAAAGAAAGCAUCACUUCAGACAGAUAUAAACAUAAGGAAUGGUUGUGUAUUGGUGUCUCAUCGUUAUUAUAUUUCAUACAAAAUAAUUUCACUGGAGAAUUUGAAAAAAGAGAUGUUCCCUACUUACUGCCUCUAAGAAAAACAGCAAUUUCAAAGAUAUCAAUAACUGAUCCAUGCAGUGACAAUGUUGAGAAGCCUGAACUACUGUUACUCGCCAGAGCAAUAUUGUGCAAUAAUGGACUUCAAGGAACUUUCCCAAGUUCUUUAUGGUGGGCAAUCAGAGUAAACUACAUCCACCAACUAAUUUUAGAUGAAGGGGUUGGUAGUUUAUACGAGGAUUCAGAAAGACUGAUAAGAUUAGUACUAGAAACAGACAUUGUAAAAGAUCCUGAACUCGAAGCUUUAUUCCACACAGAGGUGACAUACGUUUAUCUGUAUUACAAUAGAAUUCAGAGUUCAGAAAAAUACUUAAAAGAUGCUAAGACCAUAGCUAAAUUAACUCUAGAAUUGGAGGGUGCCUUGGGCAAGCGUACAAAGUAUCAACAACAAGAAAAAGCACAACUGUACUUAAAAGCAAAGGUUGACAAGGAAUUAUUCCCAUACAGGGAAUGCGAGGCUACAGUUCUGCCCAAAGUUAUAAAUUUAAGUGAUGAUUUGCGUUUGGAGAAAAUUGAAUUUUCAGAAGAGAGAGAACAUUGUAAACUUGGAAGCCUUGAAGAAGCUAUUGUUUUGGCAAAAUUUUUUCAGCUCAAAAUAUCACAACCAAAAGACCAACUCACUGAUGAAGAAAUCACGCCUUACCUAGAUUUUAUCAUUGAUAACACAGAGAAUUGGGCUUUAAAAAUGUCAGCUCUCUUUCAACGCUGUAUCUUGGAAGCUAAUCACAAAAGGACGAUUGAAAGAUCUUUGGCCCAAUUAGAAUACUUAAUAGAGCAAAUCAAUACUCCAAAAGCACCACUGUAUAACAGAUUUGACUUAUUUUUUGCUAGUGGUAUGCUGCCUGUUUGGGCUUUGAAACAGCGUUUUGCCACUGUUAUGUUGAACCUUGGAAUGGUCAAAGCAGCAUUAGAGCUUUUCUUGAAACUCAACCUGUGGGAAGAUGUCAUUAUUUGUUAUACAAUUUUAGAAUUGAAGCACAAGGCUGCAGAAGUUAUUAAACAAGAGUUGGCUAAGAAACCAAGUGUAAAAUUGUGGUGUUUGUUAGGAGAUGCAGAAAUCGAGGCUCAACAUUAUGAGACAGCUUGGAAGUUAUCUGGAGAAAAGAGUAGCAGAGCGCAGCGCCAUUGGGGUUACCAUUAUUAUUUUCAACAAAACUACGCAGAAGCGGUCCCGCACUUGAAACUUUCGGCAGAAUUAAACAGCGCACAAGAAAUGGUUUGGUUAAGGCUUGGUUUUGCUGCUUUGCAGUUGGAAGACUGGAAGCUGGCAGCCUCAGCUUACAGAAAAUACUGUUCUUUGGAGCAAUCGAAUUUCGAAGUUUGGAAUAAUUUAGCAAAGGCUUACAUUAAGAUGGGAGACAAACCAAGAGCCUGGCGCUCACUGCAAGAUGCCGUUAAAUGCAAUUUCGACAAAUGGGAAGUAUGGGAUAAUCUGAUGAUUGUCAGUAACGAUUUAGGCCAUUUCUCGGAGGUCAUCCGUUGUUAUCAUCGUAUAUUAGAUUUAAAAGGAUCGCACGUUGACGUACAGAUUCUGGCAAUUUUAGCACGAGCUAUUGUCAACGAAACUAAAGAUUCCGACAAAAAUUCAUCGAGAAAGUACCUGCCGAAAACAUUGGAGCUUUUUGGUCGAAUAACUGCAAAUACCACCACCGAUGCAGACAUCUGGAGACUCUACGCUGAGCUCACGUUGCUGAAAAAUAGCGACAUCGAUAAUCAAAAAGCCGCCCAAUACAUGCAGCGAGCUUAUAGAGCAGCUGUUGCAAACCCCAGAUGGUUCAAAACGGUCGAAGAUGCGAACGUCGUGCUGGAUACAUGCGUGAGAUUGGCUCAAGCGACUAUGAGAUGCAUAGAUAAUUGCGCCGUGGCGCAGAAGAGAGCAGUGCUCGGGAGUGCUAAAUUGAAUCUACAAUCGGUUGUAAAAAAGUUAAAGGACUUGAUGUGGGAGGAUCAGUCGGGAAUCUCUGAGAAUCUCGCCAAAGUCGAGCGUCACCUGCAAGUCGUAUUAGAUGAAUUAGAGAAGCUGAAAAACGCUUAGAACCGAAAGAUUCUACGUCAUCGUGCGACCGUACAAUAAGAUGAGAUUUUUUUCUAAAUACUUUAAAAAUACUUCUGAGCAUUUAAAGUUUUGUUAUUAAAUUAUCUGUACAUAAAAUAAAUAUUUAUACUAUUUUCUAAUGA